GGGAAUAAAUUUAAGAGUUUUCUCCUCCGUAUGGAUAACUCCAAGCGAGGAGGCUUUAGGAAGAGCUUGCUGCUGCUUCUUUUUUCUUAUUUAACAAGUGAGCAAAGCCGAUUAGUGGAAGCAGUUUCAGAUGACGAAUAUCCAGUGCUAACUAAGAGUCAGGCAAUAAUUGACGAUUCUACUGAUCCAAGGACUAAGUUUGUUUCUUCUUUAUCACAUCUUUUAGAACAAGAUGAAGAUGACAAACGAAGUAGUUCUUUUUUUCCCCUGAGAGGGAAAAAAAUUCCUAAUAAUGAAGCAAAUAUUGCAGACCAUUAUCAGUUUUUGCCCGAUCCUGAAGACAAACGUAGUCAGUUUUUUCCCUUGAGAGGGAAAAAAAUUCCCUUUGAUUUGAAAAGAGCGAGUUAUUUUAUGCCAAUGAGGGGAAGAAAAAAUGAUGAAUGGGAUGACUUUUCUGAGGAAGAGAACAGCCAAGAUAAAAGAGCAUCCUCUUUCAUGCCCAUGCGAGGGAAAAAGAGGAUUGAUGCCAGUUCGGACACAUAUCAGCAUUUUGGAAAAUCCGCUCUUAAGCGGCCGAUGUCAUUUUUUGCCACUAGAGGAAAAAGGUUUGACGAUUCUUCAAGUGAGCAAAUCUCCAAACUGCCAUAGAAUUUAUGUUUUUCCCCCACACAAUUUCCGUGAUAGAUGACAUGUCCUCUUUCAUUUUAUUUGGAUCACACUUUAACUGUAUCAUUUCAGACACAAAUGCCUUUUACAAGUUAAUCUAUAUCUAUUGUAACUCCGCGGAUAUAAAACAGACAUAAUGAAAUAUUGUAUCAUCUUUGACUAGCAGUGUAUAAUGUAAAUGUAAGACUCUGAAAUAAAAAAUAUGAGUUUAACAA